CACACAAAUAACUGGGCGGUUUUGGUGUCAACCUCGAGAUUCUGGUUCAACUACAGGCAUAUGGCGAAUGUGCUGAGUAUGUACAGAACGGUCAAAAGACUCGGUAUUCCAGACUCGCAAAUCAUCUUGAUGCUUUCGGACGACAUAGCCUGCAAUCCGAGAAACGCGUUCCCUGGAUUUGUUUUCAAUAAUGCCGAUAGGCAGCUUGAGUUAUACGGCGAUAACAUUGAAGUCGACUACCGUGGAUACGAAGUGACGGUUGAAAACUUCAUUCGUCUUUUGACAGACAGAUGGCCAGAAGAGCAGCCCAAAUCGAAAAGACUGCUUACCGAUGAACAUUCGAACAUUUUCAUCUACAUGACCGGCCAUGGUGGAGACGAGUUUCUGAAAUUCCAAGACGCGGAGGAGAUUUCUUCAUAUGAUAUUGCAGAUGCCUUUGAAGAAAUGCACGAGAAGAAGCGCUACAACGAGAUUUUCUUCAUGAUUGAUACUUGUCAGGCGAACACCAUGUACAGCAAGUUUUAUUCACCAAAUAUUCUUGCUGUUGGUUCGUCUGAUUUACAUGAGAGUUCAUAUUCUCACCAUUCAGAUACUGAAAUUGGGGUGGCUGUCAUCGAUCGAUUUACGUAUUUCAACUUGGAAUUUCUGGAAAAGCUGGAAAAAGACAGCAAAUCAACAUUACAGGAUCUGGUGGACUCGUACACUUUCGAAAAAAUACACUCCAAUGCCGGCGUUCGCACAGAUCUAUUCCAAAGGAAUCUCUCUGAUGUGCUAAUCACAGAUUUUCUCGGAAACGUCCAGCAGACAGUUGUUGACAAC